AUGGUCUCCCGAGCCAGCGACGCCAGUGAGGGGCCGCAGCCGCCGUCCAAGGUGCAGGGCACGCCGGCCAAAACACGACUGACCAGACUCAACACCAGCCCGGCCAAACGCGAGGAUAAGGCGAAGGAUGACCGGGUCAUCAAGUCGUCGGCCAAGGAUGUCGCGGAGCUCAAGGAUUAUGUAUGGAUGCCGUUCCUGUGGCCUUUGGCCUUGCAAUUGGGCGACUGUCUGGGUAAAGGUGCGUUUGGGUCCGUCUACAGGGCACUGAACUGGAACACGGGGGAGACCGUCGCUGUAAAACAGAUCAAACUGGCGGAUCUCCCCAAGAGCGAACUACGUGUGAUUAUGCUGGAGAUCGAUCUGCUGAAGAACCUGGAUCACCCCAACAUCGUCAAGUACCAAGGAUUCGUGAAGUCUGCUGAAACCUUAAACAUCAUACUCGAGUACUGCGAAAAUGGUUCUCUACACUCCAUCGCAAAGAAUUUCGGUCGAUUCCCGGAAAACUUGGUUGGCCUCUACAUGUCCCAGGUCCUUCAUGGCCUUCUCUAUCUCCACGAGCAAGGUGUUAUCCACCGAGACAUCAAAGGAGCCAAUAUCCUCACUACCAAAGAGGGCCUCGUCAAGCUGGCAGACUUUGGUGUCGCCAGCAGGACAACAGGUCUUAGCGAAUCAAGUGUUGUUGGCACGCCCUACUGGAUGGCCCCGGAGGUGAUUGAGCUUUCGGGUGCCACGACAGCUUCGGACAUAUGGAGUCUUGGUUGCACUGUUAUCGAGCUUCUGGAGGGUAAACCGCCGUACUAUAGCCUCCAACCCAUGCCAGCCCUGUUCCGCAUUGUCAAUGAUGACCACCCUCCUUUGCCCCAGGGAGCUUCACCAGCUGUGAAGGACUUCUUGAUGCAGUGCUUCCAGAAGGAUCCAAACCUCCGUGUCUCGGCGAGGAAGCUUCUCAAGCACCCGUGGAUAGUCAAUGCCCGUCGGUCUGACUCCGUGGUCCCCAAGAAAUCGACUGAGUAUGAGGAAGCGGUCAAAAGUGUCCAGGAGUGGAACGAGGCUCUGCGAUCCCCCGAUGCUGGAACCGUCCGGAAGCCGUACAGAUACGACAACCAGGGCGCUCCUCUGCGCACGGAUAUGGUUCCUUCGCGGUACACACCAACCAAAGACAUACUCCCUAGCCCGGUCUCGAAGCAUGUGACAGAUCGAUUUCGCUCCCCCGCCUCUACUCAAGAAGACAACUGGGAUGACGACUUCGCCACGGCUAUUUCUCCCAGUGCGUUGCAGCUACCUCAUCUGCAACCACAGGACAACUUCGGGGGAAUGCUCUCGUCUGAGAAGCUCAAGGCAUUUGCGUCUCUUGAUGGUACAGUAUUGAGGUCCGAUGACGGCUUCGACGACUUCGAUGAUUCCUUCUCGCAGCAGUCCGGUGAAGCGGACCCUCUUCGAACCAUUCGGCCCUUUACAUCGAAGCAAACUGGAUACGAGAACACACCUCAGUCAAAGGCCGCCCUGGCCGCGAUGCACCACAAUGUGCCAGUUCUGCAGACGCCUGUGCCACCAUUGAGACUGCAGCGCCCGGCAUCUUAUUUCAAAGAAAACUCGAUCGAAGAUUACUCCGACCUCAUCAAGGCCAAUGAAGAUGUCCUAGAUGACAAGCUGAGCGCUUUUCAGGAAACCGACGAGGAAGACAGUGAUAUGAUGCCGUCGCCUUCAAAGGAGGUGGUCCGAUAUCAGGCAUCCGCAGGUCACGAAGAAGACCACCAGCCUCAGCUCAGGAAGCGGCUAUCUGUUAAGCGUCACCCAUCGUCCAUCGAGAUUCAGAAAUUCACCGAGAACGAACGCGACGAGGAUUUCUCCGAUAUCCUGGGGGCCGAAGAGGUCACUCUAGACAAGCCGGAGAGUGAGGGUAGCUCGGGUCAAAGCACGUUGAUGCUGAAUACCAAGCUGUCGAACAACUCAUGGCUGGGUGACCAAGACGAUGAGGAUGAUCCGUUCGCCCAGCUCGAAGAAGGGCUCGAUGAAAUGGACCUGGAGGCCAACAUCGCCCGUGACAAAUAUGCUCGGCUUCGGGGUCAGGUCGAGACUUUCGUCAGCGAUUUGAAAACCUCUCAAGAUGAAGAUGUGCUCGGUGAAAUCUCAGAGCAGCUGUUGAAUGUCUUCUGUGAUCUUCCGGAGACAAAAAACAUCAUCAUCAGCGCGCACGGGAUGCUCCCGAUCCUCGAGAUUCUGGACAUAUGCCGUCGUCGCGAUAUUAUUCUCUGCUUGUUGCGCAUUGUCAACGCUAUCAUCUUCAAUGACUACGAGGUCCAGGAAAAUCUUUGCUUUGUGGGAGGCAUUCCCAUCAUUAACGAGUUUGCCGCCAAGAAGUAUCCGCAGGAAAUCCGACUGGAAGCCGCGGCCUUCGUGCAGCAGAUGUAUCAAACGUCUACUCUGACCCUUCAGAUGUUCGUCAGCGCGGGCGGUUUGAAUGUACUGGUCGAGUUCUUGGAAGAUGACUAUGAAGACGAACGGGACUUGGUUCUCAUCGGAGUGAACGGUAUCUGGAGCGUUUUUGAACUACAGGGAUCGACGCCGAAAAACGACUUCUGCAGGAUUCUGUCUCGAAACUCUGUCCUAGAUCCACUGUCACUUGUUUUGAGCCGAGUGUUGGACGAACAGGGGACAUUGGCUGAGAUUGUUGAGGGCCGGAUCGCGAACAUUUUCUUCAUCUUCUCGCAGGCCGAGAACCAUGUCAAGGAGAUGGUUGCGGAGCGGACGGUGCUGCACAGAGUCUUGAAAGAGCUGAAGCGGAUGACGCCCGUGCAUCAGAUAACCAUGUUGAAGUUUAUUAAGAACCUGUCGAUGCUGUCCACGACCCUUGACUCCCUCCAGAAUUCCAACGCCAUCGACGUGCUGACGGAUCUGCUGCGGUCGACCAUGAAACGGCCGCACUUCCGCGAAGUCUCCAACCAGAUCCUGAAUACGAUCUACAACAUGUGCCGUCUGAACAAGUCCCGCCAGGAGGAUGCGGCGCUGAAUGGCAUUGUCCCGCUGCUUCAGAAGAUCGUAAAGACUGAGCGACCGCUUAAGGAGUUCGCCCUGCCCAUCCUGUGCGAUAUGGCGCAUUCAGGAAAGGUUGGACGCCGUGAACUGUGGCGCAACAAGGGUCUGGCCUUUUACAUCUCGUUGCUCUCUGAUCCGUACUGGCAGGUGACUGCUUUGGACGCCAUCUUCACCUGGCUUCAAGAGGAGACGGCCAAGGUUGAGGAACAUCUUUUGGAUAACCGCUUUGACACGUUUACGGACUCGAUUGUCCGGUGCCUGACGGUAUCCAAAGCGAACGCAUUUGAAAACAUCCUCGAACCGCUGCAGAAACUCCUGCGAUUGAGCCCGCCUAUUGCCUCGACCUUCGCACGGCCCGAUCUGUUCAUGAGACUGGGCCAGAAAUUGCACCACAACAAGGCCGCGGUACGACUGAACCUGCUGCGUAUCAUCUCGAGUAUAUGCGACUCCAGCGACGAACAAGGCGGCCUUCUUGCGCGAUACGGUCUUCUGGAAGCGAUCCGCGAACUGGAGCACGACCCAGCCAUUCUGGUGCGAGACAUGGCGGGCAAGCUGGUCCAGUCUAACGAACGGAGUGAAGUGUACAACAUGGAGAAGCGCAAGCCCGGCAUGAGACGGAAGAGCACAUCGACGACGUCCCCGGGCCUGCUCACGAACCAGUCCGCCCCCGCGACCCCCCAGAUCAGCCGGUUCAGUCAAUCGAAGCAGUAUUUCGACGGACGCGAAAGCCAGCGACACACGCGGCCUACUCUCAGCGGUUCCGGGCUGGCACUGCGACCCGGGAGUCGAGAUGGUACUGGCCCAGCUCUUUCGGUGGGACUGGGUGGAAGCGGCGGUGCGGCUGCGUCGAGAAACCGCAUGUCGCGAAACGUCGCCAACCGACUGUCGCAGGUGGACCUUCUGGCGGAAGAGGAGCCCAGGCCGUCGACUGCGAUGUCUCGUCGACGAUCCAUCCUUCCUCAGCGCCGACGGCCGACCCAUACUGAUUCGGAUUGGGGUGCAUAGUUGACGGUCGUUGGACUUCCUAAUCAACUACUGGGCGGUUCCUUGUCUUUCGGGCCAUGUCAAACGGUGUCUGGAGGUAGAAACGUGGUAGGUAUCGGCGCAGGGGAUUGCAUUGCAUAGGAAGGAGUAAUGGUAAUGGGGAACGGGGGAUUAUGCUUUUGUCCGAGUGCGUUGGCAGGGAUCAGGUACAGGAAGGCGGGAC